GUCCGGUGCAGUUGUGCGCGCGGUGUUUUUAUUGCUGCUGUCAGCGCGCGGAUCUUCUUUUGCUCCUUCUACACAGAGAGAAACGAGCCCCGUAAGCACGUGCACCAGGCGGAACAACUCCGAACCGGACAUUUCUCUCUCUUUUAAGCCUUUUUUUUAAAAGCUUUGAUCGGAGCGGCGCUCGCUCGCUGUGUGGGGAUUUAACGCGCGCGAUGUGUCAGAAGUGAAAGUAGUGAAGCGGGGGGUGAAGCGGAUCCACUUUAAACAUUUCAAACAACAGCAGAGAGACCAAACUGUUCAAGUGUGCUGCUGCUGUUAAACCGGCUUUAUUAUUGGAUAAGCGGUUGCCCGGCAACGGAGACCACGGGCAAAUCUGGAUGUCGUAGUUAAGGAGUAUCAAAUGAUCCAGACAUGGAGACCAAAAGAUACCAAAGCUUCUAUGAAGGUACAGAUACAGAGAACAGAUGGGCCCAAAUGCCAGGUACUACAGAGGGCAGCUGCACGAAAACCGAGGAGGGAGCCCUGAUGAACAGUGAUGCCCUGAUGGAUAUCGUCAAUUCAAGCAGUGAAUCCAACGUUUCAGACCCUGAUUGUAAAGAAAGCGCAGGAAAGAAUUUAGAGGUGCCGAUGCUUCUACUGAAACCGGAUCAGCAACUCAGUUUUAAUGCAUUUAGCAACUUACUUCAGAGCCGCAGGUCAGAAACAGACUCUAAAGAACUCUCCAAAACGGUCGCUGAAUCUAUGGGCUUGUAUAUGAAUGCUGCCAGGGAGGCUGAAUUUGCCUACAGCCAGCAGGCUAAUGCUGCAGGGUGCCAGAGCAGUCCUGGAAAACUGUACCCCUCGUGCGUCAAAGGGAUCGAGAACAAUCAGUCCGCUAGUGUUAGAAGCCCUAACAUGAAAGCCCCUCCAACACAAUUCUCAACCAUGUCUCAUCUAUCCAAUGGCGGCCUCGGGGAGUGUGUCAUGAGCACUACACCAACAUCAUCUGCCCUGGCCUCUGCUCUGUCCAGCCCGGCUGACUCCAGCAACAUAUCCAGUCCUAAUGGGAACAACAUGGUGACGUCCACCACCAGUCCCACCUACUUUGGCACCAGCUGCCCUUCCCUAGGGAGUCCAGGCAGCCUGGGUCCAAUAGGUUCAAGCAUGGCACCAUCUCAACUCCCCAACUCCAGCAUCUGCAGCCCAGUAGAGUCCACAACAGUGGGCUCUCCACCACUGGCAAGCCCUUUUAAUGCCAUGAAGUCACCUAUCUCGAGCCCACAAAGUAUGGGAAGUAUUAGGACGCCACCGUCCUGCAGCACCAACAUGAGGCCUAGUCCCAGUGGGAGUGGGGGCAACCAGAGGCCAACCAUGUCCAGUCCAGCCACAGUAAGCUCCAUGGCCAUGUCAAGUCCCAGAAAUCUCUCCAGAAGUUUUUCCUGCUCAAGCCCUCCCAACAGUCUUGGCUUGGGUCAAAAUAACAUCCAAAGCCCCGGAGGACAAGAGCACAACUUCAAAGGGUUCAGAUUCCCUAAAGUGGAGGCCAUGGAUGGGGAGAUGUAUAAUGUUGGUCUUGACUCCAUGGGGAUGGUGAAGUACAUUAAGAAUGAGCCAGACACUGAUUACAGGAGCAUGUGUCUGGGCCACAGUAAGAACAACGUUAUGACUUCGGCAUUUGUGACAAAUAUUAAGACUGAACCCAAUCAAGAGGCGACUUGCACAAGCGUGCACUAUGGAGAACCGCAGCACUCCAUGGGGCUCUUCCCAGCUCCAGAGAACACAUACUUAUCCUAUAGGAAUAAUAUUAAUGAAUACAGUCUCUCUGGGGUCCUGGGACCUUCAGUGUCUGCUCUUAAUGGCAACUAUGAGCUUGGCAUGUUUUCGAACAGUGACAUGCCCAAGGUGAUUAAACAAGAGACCAAAGAUGGCAGUUAUUACCAUGAGAAUAAUAACAUGCCAACGUCAGCAAUUGUCGGCGUGAAUUCAGGCGGUCAUUCGUUUCAUUACCAGAUCGGAGCACAAGGAACAAUGUCGUUUUCUAGGCAUGACAUGCGGGACCAGUCGAACCCCUUAUUGAAUCUGAUUUCUCCUGUUACCGCCCUGAUGGAGACUUGGAAAACACGUCCAGGCCUGUCGCAGGGUCCUCUGUCCGCUUGCGGUGAAGGCUACCCAGCUUUGGGGUGCAUCUCUGACAACAUGGCAAGCCAACAUGACAAGAUCGUGCCGGUUCCUCCUCUACAACAUCAGGAAGAUUCGACCAUUUCUCUCCAGGGAAGCUACCCAGAUUCUGGUCCAAUCACUUGUAUUCUCACAGUUGGACUACUGCAACUCCCUCCUGGCAGGAGCUCCCAUGUCCACUAUUAAACCCUUGCAGCUCAUUCAAAAUGCAGCUGCCCGUCUGGUUUUUAACCAACCCAAACACUGCCACACCACCCCACUGCUGCGUUCUCUUCACUGGCUUCCUGUAGCUGCACACAUUCAGUUUAAAACACGGAUGCUCGCCCACAAAGCCAAAAAUGGACCAGCCCCAAGCUACCUUCGUGGUCUAAUCAAAACCCGCUCUGUACCACACAACCUCCGAGCCACUAGUCUCGCUCGACUUGAGCCUCCACCCAGGACUAAAGGAAGACGAGCGUCAAGGCUCUUCUCUGUACUGGCACCCAAGUGGUGGAAUGAACUUCCUCUGUCUGUCCGAACAUCUGAGUCUCUUGCUGUCUUUAAAAAACGAUUAAAA